UGUGUCAGGACUUCAAAAAGCAGUGGACACCGCCCAUUACGUCAAAAGAGAGGAAAGUAAUCGUCAAAAGUACAAUUCCUCAGAGAGGACGUUAACCGCGGAGCACAGUCUACCCCGUGACUUCACCAUUGUGUCUGGCGGGCUUCACGUGUCUGCAGUUCACACCAGGAAGUUGGCAGGUGAGACGCACCUGUUCAGAACGCACGCUGAAACUCAACAUCAGAUCUGACUGAAGAAAAGUGUGCUGGCUAACUUUUUCCAUACCUGUAUGAUAUGCCAAAACACACAUCGCAUAAUUACUUUAUACAUUGUUGAUAAAAAGAAGACAUGGACUUAGACCAGAACAGGGCUAUCCGGAUAACGUGUAAGAUCUCCCUUCCCUGAUCUACACAGGUGGGAAGUGAAAUUUUCGCUCGAGUUUCAGACAUUGUUAUGGGGAAUCAAGUGGAAAAACUUACUCAUUUGAAUUAUAAUGAAUUACCCACGGCUGACCCUAAUGGAUUCGACCUAGAGGACGAAGCUCCACGGAUCGGCGUGUCUUAUAUUUUCUCCACCGAUGACGACGAGCAAGAAGAGAACAUCGAUGAGACCGAAAAGGACCCAAACAUAGAUGACAACCAUUACGACUGCCGUAACGAAUUAGAAUGUGCGGUAUACUAUCGGGACGAGUGCGUUUACGAGAGGAGUAUCAGGCUCAUCGAAAUGGGAACGCUGUCGUGCGAGAACUUGCCACAUAAUUGCAAACCUGGCGACUUGGUUGAGUUCGUUGCUGCCGGUCAGUACCCGCACUGGGCAGUGUGUGUUGGGGACUUACAGGUGGUUCAUUUGUUUAGAAAUGAGAUUAAAUGCGACUUUCUUUACGACGCAAGUCAAGGUAAAAGAGGCAGAAUUGUGAACGACCUGUAUAAGUUUCGGUCGCUGAGCCCCGAUGUUGUGGUGCAGAAUGCCAUGGAGCAAGUCGGGAUGGAAGACCGAGACAUUUGCUGGAAGAACUCCGAAUCCUUUGCUGCCUGGUGCAGAUUUGGCAAGCGUGAAUUCAAAACUGGAGGUGAAAUACGAAUCGGCAAGCAGCCGUAUCAGAUGAAAAUACAACUGUCAGAAAAGAAAAGUCACGUUUUGGACUUUCAGAGUUUAGAGGAUUUAAUCUUGGAAAAAAGGAGAAAUGACAAAAUCGGAAGGGACGCUGUAACCCAGGAACUGGAGAAUCAUCUAAAUUGCACAGAAGACACUGAGAAUGAAUACAAUCGUAACUGAUGGAACAAAUGAAGGAGGGCAAGUUCAAACUCAUGCGGACAAACAGCCUCGUCAUGGAGGAUAAGCUGUAUUUGUAAUCACCUCAAGCACAGUAGCAGUGUUGUAAUGCCCAGAGUUUCUCAAGAGAGUUUCCCUCGGUCUACUUUUAUAAAUUAGAUUUUUUUUAAAACUUGUUUUCAAAGGUAAUUCUUAUCAUAAUAAGGAUGUGAUCAUAUAGACAUACUCCCCUUUCUCCGUUGUAUCCACGUGCAAGAGCCUUUCAUGUUCAUCCUCUAGUGAUUUCAUUUAUAGUAUUUUGUUUACUAGACAUUUUUCACAUCACCCUUAUUUGUGUGGUGGAGUAUGUAUUCCUGUAUCUUAUUUCAAAGGGUCAAUAAAGUCUGUGCAUUUUUACACAAGCAUAGUUUUGUUCUUCAGCAUCUGCUACAAGAUCACUAUAUAAUCAGUAUGAAUGUGUUGUUCAACUUAAAGGGAUAGUUCACCCAAAAAUGAAAAUUCUCUCAUGAUUUACUGACCCUCAUGUCAUCCCAGAUAUGUACGACUUUCCGUCUUCUGCUGAACACAAAUGAAUAGUUUUAGAAGAAUAUUUCAGCUCUGUAGGUCCUCACAAUGCAAGUGAA